CUGAACCCGGUAUCUCACCAACUCAACUUUUCCUCAUCCAAACACAACGCAACACACAUUACAUUACAUUACAACACUCAAAUUCUAGAUCUCAGCCCUCUUGUUGUCUCAUUCCAAGGUCAACAACCUCCGCUAAUGGGUCGGGGUAUAACGCAAAUGACUCUGCUGUUGUUGUUAUGCUUCACCGCUCUCUUUUACGUGCUCCCUCUUGCAGAGGCCGUGUGGUUAACAAUCCCCACUUCGGGUGCUAAGUGCGUGUCUGAGGAAAUCCAGACAAACGUCGUUGUUUUAGCCGAUUACUAUGUUAUCACCGGACAUGAUCCACAUCAUCAUACGGUUUCGGUCAAGGUAACAUCACCUUAUGGAAAUAGCCUUCACCAUAACGAAAAUGCCACACAAGGUCAAUUUGCAUUUACAACUGUGGAGAGUGGGAGCUAUGUGGCGUGCUUUGAGAUGGAAGGUAAACCUCAAGAAGAAGCAUCUGUCAGCCUUGAAUGGAAAACUGGAAUUUCUGCCAAGGAUUGGGAGUCUGUUGCAAAGAAAGAAAAGAUCGAGGGAGUUGAACUUGAGCUCAGGAAACUUGAAGGAGCAGUGGGAGCCAUCCACGGCUAUCUAAUUUAUUUGAAGGAUAAGGAAGCAAAGAUGAGGGAAAUCAGUGAAAGAACAAAUGGUAGAGUGGCAUGGUUUAGCAUCAUGUCUCUUAGUGUCUGCAUUUUGGUGUCGGUAUUGCAAGUGUGGUAUCUGAAGCGCUUUUUUCAGAAGAAGAAACUCAUAUAGAUGUUGUUUUCCUAUGAGACUUCACAACACAAUAUUUUUACUCAAGUUUUGGAUAAUCUAGGAUGAGUUCUAUGUUGUAUAGUUUUUUAAUUUGUUGAUAAUUAUUAUAUAUCAAUAGGGGUACCCCUGCAAGCGAUGUGGGGGCGUUACAUUACAUAGAUAUAUGCUGAAUUGAAGAGUUGUGCUACUUGGAGCUAAUUCAAAAGGACUAUGAUUUUUUUUUUUAAUCAACCAUUGGCUAUAUCUGUGACAAUGAAUCCCUUUAAUUUGUUGCUGACAA